GCUUGUCACAGCCAAAGAUAGAGCCCGGUUUGGCUCAAGUGGCCCUCACACUCACACAUUGUUCUGGGUCCAGCUGUGCCUUGUUCUUUUGUGGGCUGGGAUGACGACAGAAACGAGUGUGGGGGUGGGCAGAGGGAGAGAGAGAGAGAGAGAGAGAGAGAGAGAGAAUUGAUUCAGAGCAGAAUCCUCAUUCUGGGUUAGCAUCUCACUGUGAUGCCAAUGUGUGAAGCCUGAGGUACAGUGACCUCUUUUUAGACCUUGAGCAGAAAACUAAUAUCCCAAGAUGCAGUGGUGCAAGUGGGCUGGAAGCUGGAGGUCACAUUUGCCAAGACAGUCUGUCGAGUCAGAAGUUGAAGACUCCUUUGACUUUCUUUUUAAAAUCAUCCUGGUCGGGGACUCAGAUGUUGGAAAGACCUGCAUGGUGCAGAGGUUCAAGUCGGGUAUAUUCAUUGAGAAGCAGCAGAACACCAUUGGGGUUGACUUCACCGUUCGAACACUGGACAUUGAUGGAAAAAAGGUGAAGAUGCAGGUGUGGGACACCGCUGGACAGGAACGUUUCCGCACCAUAACACAGAGCUACUACCGCAGCGCACAUGGAGCCAUGGUGGCCUACGACAUCAGCCGCCGCAGCACGUUUGAAUCUGUUCCCCACUGGAUCAGGGAGGUGGAGCAGUACGGAGCAGCCAGCGUGGUAGUGAUACUUGUUGGUAACAAGUCAGACCUCCAUGCUCAGAGACAGGUGCUGUUUGAGGACGCAUGCACUCUGGCUGAAAAGAACAGCCUGCUGGCUGCUCUGGAGACGUCGGCUAAGGAGGCCCAGAACAUAGAGGCGGCCUUCACCCUCAUGGCUCGGGAGCUGCUGGCACGCAACGGCAUGGCCAUCACAGAUCAGAACUCUCUUUGCUCUCCCCAGUUCAUGCUGAGUGGUUGCUCUCACCCGAUUCAAGCCUCCGUUUCUGACGAUAAAAAGUGCGGGUGCCAAACAACCUGAGUCAGGUUUAGCAUUUGAUACAAAUUUGAAGAUGGCCUAAUGGAUUGGUUGUUCGACCAGGAAAGAACCUUCUUUGUAAAGACAAUGUUUGUAUGUUUGGUUUAGGUUGCGAGACAAAGAUUUUAUACAUUUUCUUGCCAUAGUAUUUAUGAAUCUUAUUGGGAUCUUUAACAGGUUUGUAACAUUCUUCCGGGGGCUUCUGACAACAAGCCACACCUUUGCCAGAGGACUUUGUACUAAAACCUCACCACAGUAAACACCGUUUUCACUCUACAUUUAGCUUCCUUUAUCUUUUUAUUUGCUCCUUUACAAAAUAUUGCUUUUACAGUACAUUACAAAGUGUCAGUCUGCAAGUUUCCAUCACUUUUAAAUCUUCAUUACAGAACAGGUGCAACUUUCUCCAUGUCAUUUAACCUAGCAAACAUUCAUGUUCACUUGUCAAACAGCACCUCAUUUUUAAUACACUCCAACAGUGCAAUUCUGUCAACUUUACAAAAGCAUAAAAAGAGAAUAAAAUCCAAAACACUGCAUUUUUCAAAGUCUAAACUAAAUAUUGGCAACUUAAUUUCCUGAGCAUUAACCCUGACUUAAAAACCAAUCGGGAUGGAAUAUAUCAACCAUCACAGUAUAAGAAAACAAAAGGGGGAUUUAUUUAGAAAAAUAAAAUUAAUCAUUUCAAUAAGUGCUUUUUGACCUUAAAAGCCUAAGGUCAAAACCACAUUUGUGCUAAUGUAGCCUUUGCUUUAAAUUGAUUCAAACAUUCUUCAACAUAUUGUGUACUGUAAAAAACCUGACAGCGAAUGUAAUUGGUUUAAAAGCAGGUAAAUGUUAUACAUUUUAAUGCAUAAAACCCUAUUUUUAGACUAAACAAAAAACAAUCAGGCAGGUUAGACUGACAGUUCCUCUCCAAAGUAUACACAAUUCUUUUAAAAAACAAAGUGUUUGCGAUGUGAACAGUUAGACUUUGAUUAAUAAUUUCAAAAUAUUGUGUGGAUACGCGAGAUUUACCCUGCACAUUUUAAAAACAAGAAAACAAAUGAGAAAAUAAUUAUUAAAAAAAACUGUAAACUUGGUAGAAUAAGUGUGCACACCCUUAAAAUAAUCACUGAAUCAUUUCAGUGAUUAUUCAUUUUAAUUUUUAGUAUUUACUCUAUGAAUUCACAUCCACCAUCAAUUAUUAUGAAACAUUAAAAUUCUGUUGUCUAACUAGAUUCUUCUGACAUUUCUGCAUUUGCAUCCUGUUGCUAAAGGGAUAGUCUGUAGAUGGCUUACAAAGGUUCAAAAGGACCCCAUGUUACAAAAGUAGCAGUCAGGAGAAGAGCAUACAAAAAAAACAAUUUACGAUAUAAAAUGCUUUUUGUGGUACAAAAAUGAAUAAUUGGAGAAAGUAUCAAGAGUACAAAGGUUAUUAAAACACUGCACUUUCCCCCAGAAUUUAUCAAAAGACACUAUUGACAUUCUUUUAUUUACAUGAACCUGAGGUUUUUAGUCAAUGCGGAUAAAGUUCUGAUUAAUUUCAAAUAUCAAGGAGAUGUCUGCUUGAGAGUUAAAAGUAAAAUGUUUUACACAGUGAAUCUAUGCCAGGGAUCUCCAGCUCUAGUUGUUGAGAAACACUCUCCUACUACUCAAUUAUCUCCUCAAUACUUCUUUAGGUUCUGCAGAGACGUGUUGGUGAGCCAUAAAUUUAAUUACAAAAUAAAGUUUAGGGAAACUCUAGCCAGAGACCAGAGGUCUUUGGUGUCAACUAAAGUGGGCUAUGGAAAAUGGAUGCAUUCCUACAUAUCGAGAUCUGGAGAACGUUUGAGAAUCUGGAGAAGAGUGAAAGAAAACACCAUCAAGUCAAGAUGUGGUAUUGUGAUUCCUACUAAAGAAGGCUGAAUGCUGAAUUAGUGCAAAAGGAUUAGCUUAAGGUUGUGCACACUUAUGCUUUUUUUAAACAGGUUUCUUUGUUUUUCCGAAAGCAAACAAAUCCAUACAUGAUAUGUGCCACAUUAAUGGUGGAAAGAGUUUUCAAAUGUUUCAUCAUGCUCCCUUUUCUUCAAUAUCAUAAAACCUGACAUGUAGACUUUAAGAGCCACUGUAAAUUGUAGUGUUAAGGUUAUAACUGCUUGUUGCAUAUACUCUGAAUUGCACAGUAACAGCCAAAAUACAAAGAAAGGUUUUUUUUUU